AUGAGAGAAGAAUGGAGAGAGGAGACAGCCGAGGGGUUCCGCUCCCCGUGCGAGCCGAGCCGGGUGAGCCGAGGGCUUCCGCGAGUGACACGUUCUGGUUCUCGACUAGCCAGAGAUCCCGGUUCCGAGCCCAGCCGAGCCAAGACGGGUCAAGAGAGCCCGGUCCCGAGCCCAGCCGAGCCAAGACGGGUCAAGAGAGCCCGGUCCCGAGCCCAGCCGAGCCAAGACGGGUCAAGAGAGCCCGGUCCCGAGCCCAGCCGAGCCAAGACGGCCCCCCCGGACCCCCCGGCCCAGCCGCAGCCGCGCCAGGACGGGUCAAGAGAGCCCGGGUCCCCCGAGCCCACCAGCCAAGACGGUCAAGAGAGCCCAUCCCGAGCCCCGAGCCGAGCCAAGACGGGACAAGGCAAGAGAGCCCGGGUCCCCGCCACGGUCGGCCCCGAGCCCCAGGGCCGAGCCAGAUCGGGUUUUGUCCCUUCCCGGGCAGCAGAGGCGCGGCCGGAGGCGGUGGCGGCUCGCGGAGAAGGCCGGCGAAGACACGCUGGCGCUGCGCCCUCGAAGGAGCCCCGCUGCUGA